CUCCCUCUUAAAUACCGCACGAGAGAGAGAGAGAGAGAGAGAGAGAGAGAUGGAAGGAGCGACGCUAUCAAAACCGUUAAUCCUACCAGCUUUCCAGGCAGAAGAAGUCCAUUGUACUGGACGAGCUUUUAGCUCCAGUUUGAGUGCAAGAGAGAAGAAGCUAGUCUGUGUGACCAGUGGGAAUUCUUGCUUGGAUUCUCAUAUAGUGAAGGAGCUCUUGGCUAACGGCUACCUUGUUCGAGUCACAAUUCAAAACCCAGGUUGGAAAAACAUAUAUUUUCCAAGGUUGUGCUUAGGAAUGGAUUUGGAUUUUGAAGACAUUAAGGAACUAAUGAAAGAUGAAGAGAUAAACCAACUAGAAAGUGUUGUGGUAGCAAAGAUGCAAGAUUUGGAAAGUCUUUGUGAUGCAUUUAGAGGUUGUCAUGCUAUUUUCCACACCUCAUCUUUCAUAGAUCCGCAUGGAGUUUCAGGUUAUUCAGAACAUAUGGCAUUCCUGGAGACUGAGGUUGCAAGGAAUGUUAUUAAAGCUUGCAGUGGGGCAGCAUACAUGAGGAGGUGUAUCUUCACUUCUUCUCUUCUUGCAUCAAUCUGGAGUGAUGACAAUCUAGACAGAACUAUUGAUGAGGGUUGUUGGAGCAACGAGGAAUUCUGCAGAGAAAACAAGCUUUGGCUUGCCUUGGGGAAGACGACCGCAGAGAAGGCUGCUUGGGGGAAGUCAAAGGAAUUGAAAGUGAAGCUUGUAACAGUCUGCCCUGGCCUUCUUAUGGCUCCUUCGUUCCCCUAUGCUCACAAAGACACUUCUCUACCAUAUCUUAAAGGGGGCUCGGUCAUGCUACAACGAGGCAUACUAGCAACUGGAGAUGUGAAUAAGGUUGCAGACGCACACGUCCGCGUUUAUGAAGCUAUGGAUGAUGGAGCUUUUGGGCGAUAUCUUUGCUUUGAUAAAGUAGUGGAAAGAUUGGAUGAGGGCAUUCAGCUGGAAAAUGAAUUGAAGAGGCAUGGACUGCGGCCUGGAAGUGUGGUCUCAGCGGAAGAAACACGAGAAGUACACAGCAAGCUUUGUAAUUCAAAGCUAGCCAAAUUGUUACUUGAAGGCUCACAAGGCAAAUCUUGCAGACAGUGACCCAUUAGUCCAUCAUGGAUGAUUUAUGCCUUUUGCGACGCUAAUUCUUGACCUUUGUUGGGCUUCCAAGAGAUGUAAGAGCUUGCAACAACACCCAUUAGUUUCUUCGCUAGGAGGUCUCAAAUUCAAAUUAUGAGAGUGGGAAGUGAAACAAGUAAUGAGAAUUAAUUAAUACUUGUAAGCCAAUUAUGGUAUCUAUCAUAAUGGAGUGAAGUUCCCAUUCAUAAUUCUAUGAUGAAAAGAAGACUAAAUACAUCAUUUCA